AUGUCUUCCGGAGAGAUCGUACGGAGAAUUCAAGGCGGCGAAAGCCCGCAGCGCGGGCUGGGCGGAGUGAUUCCUCGCGAGUCUGAGGUGGUCCAGUUCCUCCUGAAUUUGUACGACGGGCUCUACAAUCGCAACGCCGAUGAGGUAAAGGCCCUGUAUGAGCAGGAUUUGGUAAUAAUCACGGACAACCACUUCAAAACCGCGCGAUGGCCGUCAAUCUCAGAGGUGGCUGGCUUCUACAGCCAGAGCGGCCGUCUGCACAGCCUGAUCAUGGCUCUGUACUCCGAGAUCUACUACCGCCACGUUUUCUAUUUGGGUGACGUGACAUUUGAAGAUCGACUGGACUCCUGGGAGAAGUACUGCAAGCUGCUGGGCUACUUUGUCGACGAACUGGAGAAGGGAGACGAAUCUGACAGCCUAGGCGGCUUGGUGAUUCCUGCUUCCUGGGCGUGGGACAUCAUCGACGAGUUCGUCUACCAGCUUCAGGAGUGCUGCAGGUGGCGCAGCCGCCUUAGUCGCACCGAAGACGCCAAUGUCGAGGACGAGGCGAAGGUGAAUGCGAUUUGGCAGGUGCCCACUGUGUUGGAGAUGCUCCACAGGCUAGCCGUCAACCCCGCUUACAAGAACGCAACUCAUAAUGCGCAAACGGACGCCUUGGAGACAGCUGGUCUGGGAUACCAGUUGGGUUAUUUCGCCUCAAUUUCUCUGGUGCGCCUGCACGUAUUGCUCGGCGACUACUACACUUCCGUGCGCAUGGCGUCGACCAUUGACUAUUCGAGCAAAUUCCUGUACUGGAAGGUUCCGUCGUACUACGUGUCAUUGUCCUACCACCUCGGUUUCGCAUACAUGAUGCUAAGGCGGUAUAGCGACUGUAUCAAGAUAUUAUCGCAAGUUUUAAUUUUCCUUACCAAGCAACGUAGCUACGCGGUGACGCAGAGCUACCAGCAGGGCGCCAUGUCCAAGUUGACUGAGAAGAUGUACAUCAUUUUGGUCCUGUGCCACACCACGACCAAGAUUCGUCUCGAUGAAACGCUUACCCAGACCAUUAAGGAGCAGUACGCAAACCGAUUCUACCAGCUCCAGAGCGACAACGAAGAGGCAUACCGUGAUGCGUUCCUGAAGUGCUGCCCCAAGUUCAUCGACGCCUCUAGCGACAACACCACGUCUAACGUCGACGACUCGGACAUCACCGGUGGCGUUUUGAUGGAGCCGGUGAUGAGGCAGCUGAACCUGUUCUUGAAGGAAAUCUCCAAUCAGCGUCGCGUCGACGAGAUCUACUCCUUCGCCAAGCUGUACCACAACAUCAGCCUCGAAAAGCUUGCCGCUCUGAUGAAGAUAGGGGACGACCCCGAGUUGGUCCGCUCCUGCGUGCUAAGCGUUAAGCACCAGACACGGCAAUUCGCGAACGCCGCUGGUGGCGGCGACUCCAUGCCGGGGGCAAACGAAGGCGACGUCGACCUUUACAUCGACCAGAACAUUCUCUACAUCAAGAGCAAGCAGAGCCAGAAGCUGUACGUGGACUACUUCCUGCAGCAAAUAAACCGCUGCAAACACACCCUCCGCAAUCUACAGAGCAAAACUUGA